AUGAGCCUGUUUGGGGCUAACUGCUAAUUGCCUUUCUGUUAGCUAGCUUAUCCGACGAUAGCAAUUGUGAAGCCCCCCCGGCGUCCCUUGAAACGUGUUACUGCUCUGAGUCUAUGCUUCUGGCUCGCUCCUUGAUCAAGAUGUCAAGUCACAAUCCUUUGUUGCGGCUGGAGCAGCGAGCAGCUGAGGCAGACCAGAUUAUUGAAUACCUCAAACAGCAAGUCCAGCUGCUGAAGGAGAAAGCCACCGUCCAGGCCAGUGUCAGAGAAGAGAAGAAACUGAUGGUGGAGAAUGCCAAGUUGAAGAAUGACAUUGAGGAGCUGAAAAAACAGCUGUUGGAAAAAGAGAAGAAGAGGGGAGUGCGAGAAGUAGGCAUGACAUCAGGCGCAGCCAGUGUUGAGUGCACUUCAAAGCCCUCUCCUCCUGAGCCCUCUGGGCCUGCACCCUCUGCCUCCCCUUCUGCUAAUGUCCAGAGCCCCUCAUCCAAAGAUGAGAGUAAAAAGAAGAAGCCAGAGAAAAAAGGAGGGGAGAAAGCAGAGAAGAAACGGGCAGCCCCCAGUCAAGAGGAUGCCACAGUGGAUGUGUCUCGUUUGGACUUGCGCGUCGGGCGUAUAAUCACAGCAGAGAAGCAUCCAGAUGCCGACAGCCUCUACGUCGAGCAGGUUGAUGUGGGAGAGGCUUCACCCAGGACAGUGGUCAGCGGGCUGGUAAAGCACAUACCUGUUGAUCAGAUGCAGAACCGCAUGGCUGUCCUGCUGUGCAACCUGAAACCAGCCAAGAUGAGAGGAGUGGUUUCCCAGGCUAUGGUCAUGUGUGCCAGCUCGCCAGACAAAGUGGAAAUCAUUGAUCCUCCAAGUGGAGCAGUACCAGGGGACAGAGUUACUUUCCAGGGAUUCCCAGGUGAACCAGACAAAGAACUGAACCCUAAAAAGAAGGUGUGGGAGCAGGUUCAGCCGGACCUACGCACGGACAGCCAGUGUGUUGCAACCUACCAGGGAGCUGCAUUUGAAGUGGCCGGCAAGGGCGUGUGCAAAGCCCAAACCAUGAGCAACAGUGGAAUCAAAUAAAAUAAGAGAGCUGCUUGAAAUAACUUGGUUUACUUGGCAAGCAUCAUCAGCGAUGAUGAUGAUGAUGGUGUUAAGAAACAUGAUUGUGAUGACUGGAAGUAAAUGCUUUGAAGAUGUUCAUUAAAGGGAUUUGAAAGUACAAUUUAA